AUGGAUUGCACUCCUGCACAGAAGGUUAGAUAUGGCACUCAUAUGCUGGCUAAGGAAGUUGAUUAUUGGUCGUUGGAGACGCUUGCUAGGUUGGAGGCUUCAGGUGAGGAAGUCACUUGGAAUGUGUUUCGCAGGGAAUUUUUGAGAAAGUACUAUCCUGAAGAUGUUCGGGGUAAGAAAGGGAUAGAAUUCCUAGAGUUGACGCAAGGGAACAAGUCCGUGACUGAGUAUGCUGCCAAGUUCACUGAGUUGAUUAAGUUCUAUCCUCACUUUGAUGGCGAAGGUGCUGAAUUUUAUAAGUGCAUAAAGUUUCAGAAUGGUUUGCGCUCGGAGAUCAAGAAAGUUGUUGGGUACCAAAAGAUUCGUGUGUUUUCUGACUUGGUUGACAGUUGUAGGAUCUUUGAGGAGGAUAGUAAUGCUCAUCACAAGAUGGAUGCUGGUAAAGGGAAGCAAAGAGUUACUCAUGGUCAUAAGACUAGUGGGGGAGACGCUCCUGCUAGGAUUGUAUGCUUCAAGUAUGGUCAACCUGAUCAUAAGAGCAAUGUUUGUACUGCUGAUAUGAAUAGGUGUUACCGUUGUGGUAAGACGGGACACAUGUCUUCUGAUUGUAAGCAUAAGGAUGUUGUUUGCUUUAACUGUGGUGCGAAGGGGCAUAUUGAUAGCCAGUGUCAGAAACCAAAGAAGGCGGUUGUAGGUGGUAAGGUGUUCGCUUUGUCAGGAAAUCAGACAUCUAGCAAGGACGGUCUUGUUAAAGGUACUUGUUUCAUUAAUUGUAUUCCUUUAAUUCCUAUUAUUGAUACCGGUGCCACUCAUUGUUUUAUUGCUGCUGAUUGUGUGAAAAUAUUGGGUCUUAUUUUGUCUUCUAUGAAUGGAGAAAUGGUUGUCGAACUUCCCGCUACGGAAAUGGUGACUACUUCUCUAGUGUGUUUGAAUUGUCCUUUGUCAAUCUUUGAUAAAGACUUUAUUGUUGACUUUGUGUAUUUAUCGCUUCUUGGCAUGGAUGUGGUUUUGGAUAUGAAUUGGUUGAAACGCAACUAUGUUCAUAUUAACUGUUUUAACAACACGGUGAGAUUUUCUUCUCUCUUGAAGAAGAAGUUGGUUUGUUGGCUGGUGGUGCGAGAAGUUCCUGAAGUGUUUCCCGAUGAGGUUCCUGAUGUACCUACAGAAAGAGAAGUUGAGUUUGUGAUCGAUCUUGUACUUGGUGGUGUGCUUAUUCAUAAUGGUAAAGUGGUUGCUUAUGCGUCUAGAAAGUUGAGGACUCAUGAAAAGAAUUAUCCUACGCAUGAUCUAGAGUUGGCUGCAGUGAUUAACAAUGACUUUCUUGACAACAUUAGAGAAGCUCAGAAGCUAGAUGUGAAGUUGGUGGAUUUGAUGAUAGGAACCGAUCGACUUGAGAAUGAUGAUUUCAAGUUAGAUGCACGUGGUGUGUUGAAAUUCCGAGAUCGUAUUUGCAUUCCUGAUGAUGAAGAGAUUAAGAAAGUGAUUCUUGAAGAGAAUCAUUGA